UGACCCCAGUGGUGCUGAAAAAUUUUUUGUUUGUGGUGAUCCUUGUGGUGCUGCUGAGGAAUUUGAAUCUUUCGCUAGCGGCGACUUUCAUAGUGCUGAGGAAUCUUCUUUUUGUGGUGACUAUUAUAGUGCAAACCAUUCUAUCGUCCACAACCAUUCUAUCAUCUAUGACCAUUCUAUUGUCUACAACCAUUUUGUUGUUCAUAAUUCUGUUAUCUAUAAUUCUGUUACCCAUAAUUUUGUUGUUGCCUAUAAUUCUGUUGCCCAUCAUUCUGUUGCUCGUGAUCAUUCUGUUGCCUAUAAUCAUUUUUAA